CAUACAGUUUCGGUUCUCAUUCGAGUUCGCCACAGCAUCUCAGCUUCACUGAGUAACAAAAAAAAAAAAAAAAAUAGUGUAAAAUUCAACAGGAACACAAAAUGUUCAAGUACGUCGUUUUCGGUUUAUUGGUGGCCUCGGCCAUCGCCUCGCCAGCCCCCAGCUCCGAGCUGGACUGCGACCAUGCGGAAGAUAUGCUCAUGUGCUUGGGCGUCAAGGCCGCCGCUACCCUCGAGAGGGCCGCCAGGUCUGCCGACGUCAACCUCGUCGAUGGAAUCACCUUCGUCAGAGACACCCCAGUCGAACGCACCGGAAAAGCCUUGAAAUCCGAAUCCGAAAUCAUGUCCGAAUUGCCAGCUGACUCCACCGAAAAAGCCAUGGCUGUCGCCACCAUGAUGUACGAUAACGCCGCCAACUUCCUCCAGAGCCACAGCUUGAAGGUCGAUAUGUCCGAAGACUCCGUGGUCGGUCGCGUCCUCAAGGACCCAACCUCGCUCUUCUCGCACAAACCAGGCCACAACCUCGGCGGUCACCUCGGUGGUGGACACGGCGGACUCGGCGGCUCCCACAAGAAGCACAAGAAGAUGCUCAUGCCCUUGAUCACCCUGAUCGGUGUCAAGCUCCUCGCCCUCGCCCCAGUCUUCCUCGGUGGACUCGCCCUCUUGGUCGGCAAAGCCGUCUUCGUCAGCAAGAUCGCCCUCCUCAUCGCCGGCGUCUUGGCCUUCCAGAAGUUCUUCGGCGCCGGUAGCCAGCUCGCCGGUGGAUUCCCGGGUGCCGGCCUCUUCGGCAAGAACAACGCCGCCGCCCCGAUCGCCUACGAGCACCCCGCCGCAGCCUACGCUCAAGCCCAGGGCCAGGGUUAUCAGUACAGACGCUCGUUCGAGAAGGACGCCCAGCAGCUGGCUUACGCCGCCCAGGCCCCAGCCGCCGAGGCUCACUAAGUAGAGAUAUGACUCCGCAGUAGUUGUAACUUAGUGCCAUGAUUGCGAUUUUUUUCUUUUAAUUUAAUCGGACGAAAGACUUUAUUCUUGGGCGGCACUCGAGCGUGUUUGGAUGUUCGAGAUGCGCCGAGACGACGACCCCCGACUCGACGAUCGACGACUACGACGACUUUGACUGUGACUGUGACGUGACCGUUUCAAAAAAGUGAAUUGUAUAGAGUUUUAUUUAUAUAUAUUUUGUUGUUGUUGUUGUUGACAAAGUGACACGCGACUGACUGUGACGAGCUGACCGCAAGACAGCUUUAAAAUUAGGACGAAUUACAAAUAUUCGAUGCUGCUCAUAAAUAUCGAGUGACGAUUUAGGCAUCGCAGAUAUCGGACGAACGCUUACAUUUGACGAUUUGACAUGAUAUAUUUUUGACUUCGAUAACUACGACGAAAUCACACUUCUGAUCGCAUCGAGUUAUACACUGAGAACAAUGUUUACAAAUUGAGCUGGAAAGGUGUGUACGUGUACAAAAGAAUCUGUUAUUAUUAUAUUUAAACGUAAAUUUACCGUGUGACGUUGAGCGAAUUUCAUCGAACCGUCACAUAAUUGUUAUAGUUAUUUUAGUAUGUAAUAUGAAUCAUGUUGUUAAUGCAUAUCAUUCAUUAUUAUCAUUUUCACAAUUGCAUUUCAUUAACUUUUAAUAAAAAAAAAACCAAAAUUUCAUUGAAUCAUAAA